AGCGCCCGUUGUUCGUCAUUACAGCUCUCAAGCUCCCGCUGUAGCGGGGUGACCACCCCACCGGAACAGCGAUCUACCGCCGCCGAUGUAGCGCCUGGAAUCUUACGUAAGGCACUAAUUAGCAUACGGCGCCCCAGGAGCUUAGCACUCGCCAAACAACGCAGCUCCAACGUCAUAAUACAUUUCAGACAACAGGCUGGGUUGCGUUCAUUUGCAAAAAUUAGCACAACAUGGCAACCAUGGCAUUGGACGAUGUGAACCCGCUUGCGGAAUCAGGCAUCACGAUGCACUCAGACAGCGAGCAGUAUGGCCAAACCGAAGACAUAUCGACGUCACCGGCCUCGUCAGGCUCACCUGUUAUACUAUACAGGCCAACAUCGAUAUGGACAAUAGUUAGAGGCGCUGCAAUUAACUUGCUUCUGCCGUUUAUCAAUGGCAUGAUGCUGGGAUUCGGCGAGCUGUUUGCCCACGAAGCUGCCUUUAGAUUAGGAUGGGGCGGUACCAAGGUUUUCCCCAUGUCAAGACGAAGAGUACACCCUAUGGGACCGGGUGUCGAAAUCCGCGAGCGACGCAGCUCCCCUCGCCCCGGCUUUGACGACAUCACGAGCUUGGAAUAGUGUAUUAUAGCGUUACAUACUUUGACUUUCUCUGCAAAAGGUUCAUGUUUUAUUUUCCUUUGUUUUCAGCCAUCUAUCGUCGAUAUCAACCGACACGGUCUUUUGGCGUUAUCGCAGGUGUAUGCACUAGUUAGCUGGUAAUGCAUAUAUUUCGCCCACGUACAUACGCUUCUUAAUCCUCCAGCUUCAUAUUCUCUCUUUUACAAUCCAAAACAUCAUUAUUUGACUUUUAA